CCGCAAACAGCCAAGGCCACACCGACCUCGCCGCCUGGCUGGUCGCCAGCCGCGGCUGGACGCCGCUCGCGCACCUUGAGACCCUCACCGCCGCCCGCGCCACCUCCCUCCUGCGCAGCGGCGCAAGCUUGCACGAGGGCGAGCCGACGCCGCUGCGGCGCGCCGCGGGCGGCGAGGGCGAGACGGCGGCGCUGGUCCGGCGGGCGGCGUCGCCGUGGUCGCCGGCAAGCCACUCGCUCUUCCCCGCGGCGGCUCGCGCGCGGGCGGCGCUCCUCGUCCUCUCGAUCUACGAGAUCCACGAGCGGUACCACCUCGACUCGGCAGGAGCCACGAACGGCAUCGCGGCGCUCGACUUUGGCCACUGCGUCUUGGGCUUCGCCAUCACGCGCGAGACGGAGUAGG